GAUGCUGGAGAACUACAUGAACCUGGCCUCUGUGGAUUUCUUUUUCUGCUUAACUUCAGAAUGGGAAAUACAACCUAGAACCAAACGGUCAUCACUUCAGCAGGGUUUUUUGAAGAAUCAAAUAUUCACUGGCAUACAAAUGGUUUGGUGGCGGGCACCUGUAAUCCCAGUUACCUGGGAGGCUGUAGCAGAAUUGCUUAAACCUGGGAGGUGGAGUUUGCAGUGAAAAAGAAACAGCACAAAUGAGAGAUACUUGAGAGAGAAGUAGCCUACAACCUUGAGGGAGCAGGGUCUCUGGAGAGAUAGUCUGAAUGUGAUGAAUUUUGUGUUCCAUACCUGUAUAACUUGUCACUUCAAAAUACCCACAAGUACACAUUCCCACAUAUGUAACUAGACAUUGAGGAUUUAAACAGUUUCACGAAAAUCUACACAAUUUGACUGGUUGCAAUGGCUGACGCCUGUAAUCCCAACACUUUGGGAAGCUGAGGCAGGAGAAUUGCUUGAGUCUAGAUCAAGACCAGCCUGGGCAAUAGGGAGACCCUGUCUCUACAAAAAAACAAAAAGUUAGCCAGGCAUGUUGGCAUGCGUGUGUAAUCCAAGCUCCUUGGGGGACUGAGGCAGGAUGAUGGCUUGACCCUGGGUGAUUACUGCUGCAGUGAGCUGUGAUUGUGCCAUGGUACACAGCCUGGGUGACAGAGUGAGACCUUGUCUUAAGCCACCCCCAACAAUCAAAAAAAGACAGUGUUUUGUUUGUUUGUUUGUGUUGAACAAUUAGAGCCAGUGGCAUAGAAUUCUGGCAAGAAAUCAAGAGGGUAGAAAAUAAGACUAUGGAAGAAAAAUUGUAAAAAUUAUAUUUAUCUAAGUAGGCUGACUUGGCAGCUCAUGGUUGUAAUCUCAGCAGUUUGGGAGGCUGAGACGGGGGGUUUCUUGAAGAGUUUGAGACCAGCCUAGGCUACAUAGCAAGACCCUGUCUCUAUAAAAAUAAAUUGAGGCCAGGCACGGUGGCUCACGCCUAUAAUCCCAGCACUUUGGGAGGCUGAGGCGGGCGGAUCACAAGGGCAGGAGUUUGAGAACACUCUGGCCAACAUGGUGAAAUCCCAUCUGUAGUAAAAAUACAAAAAUUAGCUGAGUGUGGUUGCACAUACUACUCGGGAGGUGAGGCAGAACCGCUUGAACCCAGCAGGUGGAGGUUGCAGUGAGCUGAAAUUGCGACAGUUCACUCCAGCCAAAGUGAGACUCCAUCUCAAAAAUAAAUAAAUAAAUAAAUCAAAAGAUUGGCCAGGCGUGAUGGUGCAUGCCUAUAGUCCUAGCUACACAGGAAGCUAAGGCGGGAUGAUCACUUGAACCCAGCCAGGCAUUUGAGGUUACCGUGAGCCAUGAUCACAGCAGUGUACUAAAGCCCAGGCAAUGGAGCAAAACCCCAACUCUGAACAAAGUAAAACAUGCCGUGCAUGGUGGGUCACGCCUGUAAUCUUACCUCUUUGGGAGGCCAAGGCAGGCAGUUCAUCUGAACUCAGGAGUUUGAGACCAGCCUGGGCAACUUGGGAAAACCCGUGUCUACAAAAAAAUAGAAAAAUUACCCAGUGCGGUAGUGCACAACUAUGUUUCCAGCUACUCGAGAGGCUGAGGCAUCAGGAUCACUUGAGCCUGGAAGGUAGAGGUUGCAGUUAGCAGAGAUUGUACCACUGUACUGCAGACCGGGAGAUAGAAGAAGACUCUGUCUCAAAAAAAAAAAAAAAAAGAAAAUUAAACAUUAAAAAGUAAAAUAAUAAUUGUCAUCAAAAUAAUGUUUAUGUGUUCAGAUGGGUGAAAUCUUUUUAUAUGUCUGAAAAUGUUUUAAAUCGUUUAUCCCCUCCUCAGCAGACAAGAAGCUACAGUGGAUGGAAACUCUGUGGGAAUUGUGGAGAGGUCUUCAGUGAACAGUUUUGCCUUAAGACACACAUGAGAGCUCAGAAUGGAGGGAACACUUCUGAAGGUAAUUGUUAUGGAAAAGACAUCCACAGUGUGCACAAGGAAGCCUCUAUUGGACAGGAACUUUCCAAAUUUAAUCCAUGUGGAAAAGUCUUCACCUUAACUCCAGGCCUUGCUGUACAUCUUGAAAUUCUCAAUGGAAGACAACCCUACAAAUGUAAGGAAUGUGGAAAAGGCUUUAAGUAUUUUGCGAGCCUUGAUAAUCACAUGGGAAUCCACAUUGGAGAGAAACUCUGUGAAUUUCAGGAAUGUGAGAGAGCUAUCACACCCUCCUCACACCUAAAGCAGUGUGUAACAGUUCAUACUGGAAGGAAAUCCGAAAAGACUAAGAAUUGUGGGAAAUCCUUCACUGAUUUUUCUCAACUUUCUGCACGUGUGAAAACUCAUAAAGGAGAGAAGUCCUUUGAAUGUAAAGAAUGUGGAAGAUCCUUUAGAAAUUCCUCAUCCUUUAAUGUUCACAUUCAGAUUCACACUGGAAUAAAACCACACAAAUGUACGGAAUGUGGGAAGGCCUUCACUAGAUCAACUCACCUUACUCAACAUGUAAGAACUCACACUGGAAUAAAACCCUAUGAAUGUAAGGAAUGUGGCCAAGCCUUCACUCAAUACACAGGCCUUGCUAUACACAUACGAAAUCACACUGGAGAGAAACCCUAUCAGUGUAAGGAAUGUGGGAAAGCCUUCAAUAGAUCUUCAACCCUUACUCAACAUAGAAGAAUUCACACAGGAGAGAAGCCUUAUGAAUGUGUUGAAUGUGGGAAGACCUUCAUUACUUCUUCCCAUCGUAGUAAACAUUUGAAAACUCACAGUGGAGAAAGGUCUCCUCUUUUGCAUUUUUGUCGAGACCAGCUCGGUGGUGGAGACCCUAACCCAGUGGUGCUAGAGGAAUUAAGACAGACACAGAACUACAGUGCAGAGUGGGAAUUGAGGCUGACAUCCUUCAGAGCUGAGAGCCUCCAACAGUAUUUACUGACAGCCCGUGAUAAACAUUAUUUCUAUAGAUUAUAGAUUAGCUAAAAGUAUCCCUUGCGGGAAUGAAAGGGACAGGCUGUGCCUUGUUAUCUGCAGCAGGAACAUGUCCUUAAGGCACAAAUCACUGAUGCUAUUGUUUGUGGUUUAGGAAUGCCUUGAGCGGUUAUCCAGUUUUCUGCCCUGGGUGGGUCAGGUGUUCCCUGCCCUCAUUCCAGUAAACCAGCAACCUCCAGCGUGUGCGUCAUAGCCAUCAGGAGCAUGUCACAGUGCUGCAGACAUUGUGUUUAUCGCCAGUUUCUCAUGGCCUGUUUAUGGCCAGAUUUGGGAGGCCUGUUCCCAGCACAUUUUCUUGUAAGUAGUCAGGAAGAAUGAAGCUUCCUGUGUCCUCAACACUUUAAUUACAGAUGUUAGUAAUACAUACCCAAUUUUAUCUCUCUCAAGCUCUACCUUGCACUAAACGUUAGCAUACAGUUCUGCCAAGUUCUUCACGACUUCAUAUCAAGGGUUGUCUUUUCAUUUCCCAAUAGCAUGUUUCUCAUUCCCCAGUGACACCUCACCAGAAUCACCCUUACCAACCUUAUUUCCAGCUUGCACAUCAGAAUUUUUCCAGCCUCUACUCAUUUGUCAGUUUCAAGGCUGCUUCACAUUUUUAGUUUUUUGUUUGUGUUUAAUUGCAGUACCUCACUUUUCAGUGCCAAAAUCUGCGUUAGUCAGCUUGGGCAUCCAUAACAGAAUACCACAGACCAAAUGGCUUACAAAUUCAUUUAAUUUAAAAUAAAUGAGGGUAAAAAAACAGAAUUUUUUUUUCUUUCUUCUGUUUUUUUUUUUUGAAA